UAUCACAAUUACUGACUCAAUGGCACGAAUUAAACUAAAAAAACUUGAGGAAUAUUUACAAGGUGUUGAUGGCUUUGAACAACCUAAAGUUAAGUUAGAGCAAUAUCCUACACCACCGCAUAUUGCCAGUUGUGUUUUAUAUAAUAUACAAGCACAGUAUGACGAUAUUGAUGGUAAAUUAGUUGGCGAUUUAGGAUGCGGUUGUGGUAUGUUAAGUGUUGGUUCAUUUUUACUUGGUGCUCAACUAACUAUAGGUUUUGAAAUUGAUACUGAUGCUAUAGAGGUAUUUCGUUCUAAUAUAAAUGAAAUGGAAUUGUCAUCUAUUGAUUGUAUACAAACUGAUGUGUUAAAUCUAGCAAAUACUAAGUGGACAAAUUCAUUUGAUACUAUAGUAACAAAUCCUCCAUUUGGAACCAGUAUCAAUACCGGAAAUGAGGGGCUAUAUUGGUUAUCUGAAAUAAAAAAGAUAAGUCCUGAAAUGCCUGUGGUUCUUUUCACAGCUUAUGCGGAUAUAUCUUUAGCUGUAAGAGCAUUAAAAGAAGGAGCUACCGACUUUGUGGUAAAGCCAUGGGACAAUACUAAACUUGUUGCAACACUUCAAUCUGCUUAUGCUCUCUGUGAGUCUCGGAAAGAGGUAAAGAAGCUGAAAGAGAAACAGAAUCUGCUUAAUUCAGAGCUAAAUAAAGAAGAAGAUAUAUGUUGGGGAGAAUCUAAGCCUAUGCAGGAACUUCUCAAUAUGGUGAAGAAGGUGGCUUCUACAGAUGCUAAUGUUUUGAUCACAGGAGAGAAUGGUACAGGGAAAGAACUGAUAGCAAAAACUAUACACCGAUAUUCGUCUCGUAGCCAAGAAACGCUGGUUACAGUAGAUAUGGGUGCAGUUACCGAAUCUUUGUUCGAAAGCGAACUUUUCGGGCAUGUAAAAGGCUCGUUUACUGAUGCAAAGACAGAUCGUGCAGGUAAAUUUGAGGCGGCAGAUAAAGGGACUUUGUUUUUGGAUGAGAUAGGGAAUCUGCAAAUCACCCUUCAAUCUAAGCUUUUGUCAGCUUUGCAGUCGAGAAAGAUAAUAAGGGUAGGUAGUAAUAAACCUAUAGAUGUAGAUAUUAGACUAAUCUGUGCCACUAAUGCAAACUUAUUCGAAGAGGUUUCGUCAGGUCUGUUUAGAGAGGAUCUAUUGUAUAGAAUCAAUACUAUACAGCUCGAGGUUCCUCCUCUACGCGAGCGAACGGAUGACAUUGCGCAAUUAGCUAACUUUUUUCUAGGUCGUUUUAAAACGAAAUAUAAUAAACCGAAUCUUAUAUUGAGUAAAGAGGCUAUAAAGAAGCUGGAAAGUUACUCUUGGCCGGGUAAUGUAAGGGAGUUGCAGCAUGCUGUGGAAAAAGCUGUGAUUCUGAGCGAUGGUGAUGUUUUACAGCCAUCUGAUUUUUAUAUGAGAUCAGCCGAAGAAAAGCAAACCAUACUUGAAUCCAUAACUUUGGAAGAGAUGGAAAAUAUAUUGAUCCAAAAGGCUAUGAAGAAAUAUGAUAAUAAUAUUUCGGCUGUUGCAAAUGAAUUAGGUGUAACACGCCCAACCUUAUACAAUAAAUUAAAGAAGUAUGGAUUAUAA